AGGACUAGCGCAUUUUUGUCCUUCAACGCUAUUUCCUAACUUUUUCUUAAGCGAUCACAAAGUUCGCUGGUGAGUUUCUGGUCUCCAUCAUCCGUCCAUCAUCAACAACGCGAACUUUGCCACACUGCUACUCCAUCCCCUCGUCCACGCUCAUCCGCCACAGGUUCUGUUCAUCGCCCGACGCGACAUAUUUGUUCCUGCGACUCGAUAUCUGCCUUUUGUUCGACAUGCCUGGUGGUAAAGGAAAGUCUAUUGGAGGGAAGGGCGGUCCAAAGGAUGCGGCGGGGAAAACUCAAAAAUCUCACAGUGCAAGGGCUGGCUUACAUUUCCCUUGCGGUCGUGUCAAGCGCUUUUUGAAGAAUACCACGCAAAACAAGAUGCGCGUUGGUGCUAAAGCCGCCGUUUACGUCACCGCUGUUCUUGAAUAUCUUAUUGCUGAAGUUCUCGAACUCGCAGGUAACGCCGCCAAGGAUCUCAAAGUCAAGCGUAUCACACCCCGCCACCUUCAACUCGCGAUCCGUGGUGAUGAAGAGUUAGAUACCCUCAUCCGCGCGACAAUCGCGUUUGGAGGUGUUUUACCUCGUAUCAACCGGGCGCUGCUUCUCAAGGUCGAACAAAAGAAGAAGAACAAGACUACGGAAUAAAUGACGAACUAAGAAAAAAAAAAACCCAAAAGCCGUCGCAAGCCUAUCUAACGUGGACAUGUUUUGAAACUGACAAACAAUGCGCGCCAUUCGAAUUUGAUCGCUUUCUCCUUUGUUAUGUUUUGCUGCGACUUGCCUUCUAUGUUCUAUCCAGUUUUCUUUUCCCCAGCACUUGAGCUUGCAGCUCGCGUCGUACAUACGCCGGGUUUGAGCGGAGAGAUUGGUACUCAGCCGGGAACUGAUGGCGCAUACAGCACGUUACCUUCGUCUUGCGAAUAUAUGCCUAGGUAUUCAUGAUACCCUCUGGAGUCUUUCCUUUCGCUAUUCCCGUUCCUCCGUGUUCCAAUCGGGUUAUAUGAGCGUCUGCACUUGUUCUGUGUCCAUAUGGUCUCUUUCUCUUCUCCUAGGUUAUGGAUUGCUUUACCGUUGC